AUGUUCCAUCUUUCGCUGUUCAAGAAAGUGGGCAAAUCAAAGAAGGCGAACAACUCUAUAAACUCCUUCGACGCUUUCGACAACCUGGAAUUCUCGUCGCCAGUUGUUGAUAUUCGCGAAGAUUGGGGGUGCGAAUCUGACGAGUAUUCCGAUGACGAGAGCUAUGACGAAGAAUGGCUUGUUGAGGAGGGAGAGAUCAACGAAGCUAGGGGAAGGCGACUGGAGCAAUGGGCACGCAUUGAGGAGCUAUUUUGGAAGCACGGCGUCGCGAAAGACCCCUGGGAUACGACCGUGAGGCGCAUCGAGGAUCAAUUCGAGGACCCGCCGGAUGAGACUGCGUUUGAAGGGGAAAGCACACCACGACACUGCUGGAGCCACAUCAUGGAGAUCGGGGACAAUCUCGUAGAUUACGCCUUGCAGCUGGUAGAGGAGAAUGCCGCAGUCAUAGAUGAUUCGCAACUCGACGAGGUGGAAUCCAUCUACGAAAGACUGGAACGAACGCGAGAGCAAAUGGGGUGGAAGUCAGGCGACACGGAAAGAGCGAGGCUGCUCAAAGCCAGGAUAUUCUUGCAAGAGGCCAGUGGCUUUGCGCGGAGGGUGCUCUUCAUUUCGGACGACGAUCGCACAAGUGGAUAUGAGAGCGGCAAUCCUGAGGAGGGCCUUUUCGCAGUUUAG